GAGGUGGUGCUGUUGAUAAGUUAGAAGGUUGUGUUGUUGAUGAGUUAGAAGGUUGUUCUGUUGAUAAGUUAGGAGGUUGUGCUGUAGAUGAGUUAGAAGGUUGUGGAAUAUUUACAGAAGGUGAUUGUAGUGCAGAGCUUGGUGGGAGGAUCAGUGAGCUUAACCAGCGUUGUAACAG